CUCAAACUUGAGUAAGGUGACUUGCAUUGGCUUGUCUUUGUGAGCAGGUGAGAUGACAGAAAAAAAAAAAACCUUUCAGCAACCUCUCAGGUUUGUUAGGAAGGUGUGACACCAGCAGCCCUGCGUGAAGGUGUGAGGAGAGACACCUUGAUAACGACUCGGCUGCCUGUCUCUCUCUCUCUCUCUCUUUUCUUUCUUCCAGUCUGAAUCAAUCUGGUGCGUGAGCGCGCACCGCAAUUCUGAUCGGCGCGCGUACGAUGAUGAUGAUGAUGAGAGCGUGACCUCACUGCUUUCUGCACAGCUGCUGGAGAGAGGGGGAAACACACACACACACACACAUACGCACACACACACACACGCAGAGGGAGAGGAAAGCGAGGGGACAGAAACACGUUGCGGGAGACAGAGAGAGGAAGAGCCGCGGAGAACAUCCACAACACGGGGGUUAACUGCUCGGCGCGCGGGGACUCGUCCGUGGGCUGCCUCCCAGAAUGUUCUGUGCCCCCGGUUCAUUUCUCCGGUACACGAACCAGUCGCCGCGGCGUCCCCACGGACACUGAAGCCCAGAUGCUCACCCUCUCCGCCGACAUGGACGAGUCUUCGUCGCUGCUGGAUCUGCUGGAGUGCUCGGUGUGCCUGGAGCGCCUGGACACCACAGCCAAGGUGCUGCCGUGCCAGCACACCUUCUGCCGCCGCUGCCUGGAAAACAUUGUCAGCUCGAGGAAUGAGCUCCGUUGCCCGGAGUGCCGCAUCCUGGUGGACUGCGGGGUGGACGACCUGCCGGCUAACAUCCUCCUGGUUCGCCUCCUGGACGGUAUCAAGCAGCGGCCCCAGCGAGGGAGCAACGGAGGAGGAGGAGGAGGAGGAGGAGCAGGCGGCAGGCAGUCCCUGGCCGGGGGCUCGCUGCAGGGGUACGCAGCCGGGAUAUCCGCUUCUCCCCCGGGCAGUGCGAUCAGAGAGCUGCCCGUAGCCAUCAGGAGCUCCCCUGUUAAGAAUAUCCCAGCGCUGCCUUGUGGUAAAGCCCUCUACUCCUACGAAGGAAAAGAACCGGGUGACCUCCAGUUUUCCAAGGGUGACAUCAUCAUCUUGCGACGCAAAGUCGAUGACAACUGGUACCACGGCGAGCUCAACGGUUGCCAUGGUUUCUUGCCCGCUAGUUACAUCCAGUUGCUGCGUCCGCUGAGCCAAACCCCACCCCAGGGCAAAGCACUGUACGACUUUGAGGUCAAAGAUAAAGACCAGGAUAAAGACUGUCUGGCCUUCAGCAAGGAUGAGGUACUGACUGUAAUCAGGCGAGUGGACGAGAACUGGGCAGAAGGCAUGCUGGGAGACAAGAUUGGCAUCUUCCCAAUUCUCUAUGUGGAGUUAAAUGAAACAGCCAAGCAGCUGAUGGAGAUCGACAAGCCCACGCCAACUAACGUUCCAGGUCCGAGCUCUGAGCCAGCCCCGUUGGGACCAUGCACUCCUGGUCCCUCCCCUUGCGCCUCCCCAUCCAAUGGAAAUGGCUCUGGCCAUCGGAGAGGGGAAGGGAAGAAAAACGCCAAGAAGAGGCAUUCGUUCUCGGCGCUGUCCGUCAGCCAGAGGGCGGCCCAACUCAACAACAGACACAGUAUGGAGAUCUCCCACCCCGUCCUCAUCAGCUCCUCUGAUCCCAGGGCUGCUGCACGCAUCCAGGAUGCAUCUCACCCGGGUCCCUCUCCCUCCUCGGCAGGGGUUCUGGUUCCCCCUAAAGUGGCUUCCAUAACCUCUGAGCUGCUGGCCCAUGCUAAGGUGCAGCUGCCACUCAACAUAUAUCUGGCUCUAUACGCCUACAAGCCUCAGAAAGCUGACGAGCUUGAACUUAGGAAAGGGGAGAUGUACCGGGUGACAGAGAAAUGUCAAGACGGGUGGUUCAAAGGCACCUCGCUGAGAACCGCUGCCUCCGGUGUCUUCCCAGGAAACUACGUCACCCCUGUGUCCAGGGCUCCAUUUGGAGCUGGUGCUUCUCGGGGCUCGUGUUUGUCCAGUCCAGUGGGUGGAGGAGGAAGCGGGAGCAGUCAAGUGGGGAGUAAAAUCACCGACCCAUCGUCCCCAGGGUCCCCGGGACCCUCAUCGUCCCGUCCCUCCACCCCACUGGUAAACUCAGUCAACUCUAUCGUCAGUCCUGCCUCCUCGCCGCAAACUGCCGCCGCCCAGCUGAAGAACUGCCUGCGCUCCAGUCAGCAUACGGUUAACCAGGCACGCACCUCAAUGCAGCUGGUCCACAGUCCUCCGGCUGGAAGCCCAGAGCGCCCCACGGUGGCUCUCUCCCCCUUGCGUCCUCAGAGUUCCUCCCCCUCACGCUGCCCCGGCCAGUCGGGCCGUCCUCUCUCCAUGGUGUCUCCAGGACCGAGCUUAGGGCCCUCACCCCUCUCUUCCCCUGCCUCACGUCCCCUGCUGCCUCUCUCCUCCCCUCUCUCCAGCCUCACACCUCCUAACGUGUCAGCGGUGCUCCUCAACGGGGAAUCAGCCAGUCCCCUGCAGCCACCAUUACCGGGCCCCUCGCACGCCCCCACCCAGGGCGCCCUUGCACCCAAAGCAGAGAAGAAGGAGAGAAAAGCAGGAGGUCUAUUAAAGCUCCUGUCGGGGGCGGCAGCCAAGAAGAAACCUCGCUCCCCUCCCUCCUCCCCGCCCACCCACGACCCCUCAUUGGCCGGUCAUGGCGCCGUGGCCACCGACCCUACCCAUCAUCCUCACCAUCAUCACCACCACGCCCGCUCAGGUUCAUGUCCGAUGGCAUCGCAGGGGCGAGCCGGCUCCUGUCCGAUCGAGAGUGAUAUGGCAGGGGCCAUAGGACUGGAGCCUCUGCACAGGAAGUCCGGUUCCCUGGACACCAAUUUCCCCAGGUCGCCCCCGACAACACGUGUUGGCAAUGCUCUGAUGGUCUUACGGCCUGAACCCAAACCCCUGUCCAGAGAGAGGUAUCGUGUGGUGGUGCCCUACCCACCACAGAGCGAGGCGGAGAUCGAGCUGCGGGAAGGGGACGUGGUGUUUGUCCAUAAGAAGAGGGAGGAUGGCUGGUACAAAGGCACCCUGCAGAGGACAGGACAGACCGGCUUGUUUCCCAGCAGCUUCGUUGAGAGCUUCUGAACUGGAAAAAGUGGACAAAAGAACACUCACUGUUCCUGUUUCUGAGUCACAAAACACACACACACACACAAGCUCCACAGCUACAUAGAUACACAAAAGAUGGGCCGACAUCGGUUUCCCAUAAUUACACUUUUGGUUUUCUCGAUGGACAAAAAAGAAAGUCGGUUUAAGUUUUUAACCAGAAUGAAAAGUUUGGAUUUAAAGGAAAGUUUUUAGUUUGACAUUAUGGUUAAAAUGUGUUUUUUUCUACAAAAAUAAUUGGUCAACCAACACUGGAAAGUAUGAAAAUAAUUGAUUUAAAAGCUACUGAAUAUUGGCACAAAACAUCAUAAAUAGUAGCCAUCCUCAGAAACCCAUAUCGGUCCAACUAAUUCACACACAAACACACACAUACACACACACACACACACACAGGAAAGCUAGCCUUGGCUUCGACCAGCCACACAGGAAGCAGGGCGGCUUUUCAGGUCAUUCGCCUGGGGAUGACGUUAAGAGUCAGAUGGGGCUUCACCAGAUUUAUUGUCCAGACCCUGUGAUGUUGACUACUGAAACCACACAGACUCAAAGAGCACAGAAAGACAAAACCCUGCCUCCCAAUUCUCCUCCUUGGCAUCAUCCACCAGCAAACAUUAGCACAAAAAGCAUUAGCUCUGCUUUCCGCUGAGACCUCAGAAUUUGAAUUCGGGUGCUUUCUUUGUUUGAAAAGUGAAGAUUUAUCACCGGGUGAUGAGGGAAGUGUGUUAGCCUACGCUCCAGGAUCAUUGUAAGCAUAUCUUCAUGUCUAGUUUGUGACAAUGAGUUCAUGUGUUUCUUCUUCUUCAACACAAUAUAUGUUAGUAAAAAAUGCAUGUAGCAUUAUUCUGUUUUUUUUUUUAUAAAUAUAAAUAUAUAUAUGUUAAAAUAGAUGUUUGUUUUCCCAAACUAGUCAUACUGUGAUGAGCCAUCGCAGGAUUUUUUUUUUA